CUCUCACUGUCACUGUGUAAUCUAAUAUUAGCAUAACUAUGCAACAAAACCAGCAGUAAUCACUAAUCAAACAGCUCAUUGAUCUCUCCGAAUAUCUGAGUUGCAUUUCAGUUUCACCUUCUAAAAAAUGAGUCUUUCUGUUGCUCAAGGCUUUACCAAGUCGUUGGCAAUCACAGUGCUAUCAGAAAUUGGUGACAAGACCUUUUUUGCAGCUGCUAUAUUGGCAAUGCGUUAUCCGAGAAGGCAUGUGCUGUCAGGUUGCCUUGGAGCUUUGAUAGUCAUGACAAUACUGUCAGCAGUUGUAGGCUGGGCUGCUCCUAAUCUGCUUUCGCGCAAGUGGACUCAUCACAUUACAACAAUACUGUUUCUCGGUUUUGGCCUGUGGUCGCUGCGGGAUGCAUUUAAGGAUGGGGAGAAUGAAGAAUUGGCUACAGUUGAAAAGGAGCUGAAUGCUGAUAUUACAUGUUACAGUAGAGAAGCAAAAGAGAGUGUCAAGGCUGAUGAUGAUGAUGAUGGCCUGAAAAAGAAGCAUCGGCCUUUCUUUACUCAGUUCUUCUCCCCUAUUUUACUGAAGGCCUUUUCCAUUACUUUCUUUGGGGAAUGGGGGGAUAAGAGUCAGCUUGCUACAAUAGGCUUGGCUGCUGAAGAGAAUCCUCUUGGUGUAGUUCUUGGUGGAAUCCUUGGACAAGCUUUGUGUACCACGGCUGCUGUCCUCGGAGGGAAGAGCCUAGCAAAUCAGAUAUCGGAGAAAAUAGUUGCACUCUCGGGAGGUAUUCUUUUCAUAAUUUUUGGUAUUCAAUCCUUCCUUUCCACGGUUGAGUCGUGACACUGCAACAUCGUAUAAGCUGUUGAAGCUGAAGAUCUCACAUUCCUAAGGAAAAUAGACGAGAAAUUAGAUGCAUGUAUGAUGUAUCUGUGUACCUCCAAUUUAUAUGAUUAACUUCAGCAGUGUGGAUAUAUGUAGUAAGCUGAUCAAAUUUCUUGUAGAUA